AUGGUCAACAUCCACACCUACAAACAAAAGAGACGCUCAGAAGCAAAGCGAGGCGGCCUGGCACCGUUGGCCAAUUUUAGGGACUGGUUGUGUCAAGUGUUGGUGACGCUGCUGAGCCUGUGCGAAGGUUUCUGGGCUGCUCCCGGCCCCCGGCUACGGCCCUCAGACCCGCGGGCCGAGUUCGAUUCCAUAGUCCACCUGGCAAGAAACCUGCUGAGCGACACCAAGAACCUCUUCAAUCACUUUAAAAACCGCUAUCCUGCUGAAGGAGAACACAAGCUGGAAACGCUCCCCGUGUUGUCCAUGAAUGCUGUGGAGCUGGCCAACAUCCAGAUCUCUGGAGGCCUAGCCCGGCUCAGCUCUGACCUGCAGUGCUACCAGCGCCAUUUUGAGUGGCUCCGCAAAGCAGCCCCGCUACUGCGGCCUAUGGAGCACGACAUCGGCACAGUGCACGUCCGGCUGGAACGCCUGCUGAAGAGGCUGGAGCACCUGAUGGUGAAGCUCAGCCUCCCGCGGACCAACGACCCUCUGCCAACCCUCCCGUCCCACGGCACUCACUGGUCAGUGGUUCAAGCAGGACACGCCAUCGUCCACUCGUUUCACCUGUACUUGGACUGGGCGGCCCGCGUGCUGGUUCUGAUUCGGAACAAGCUGUGA